AUGGUCGACUUCUCCGACUCCACGACCCAAUACGCAGCGGGCGUCUCCCUCCUCGCCCUAAUCGCCGCCUUCCUCAUGGUCCAACCCACCCCCCUCGUAAAAUGGCUCCAGAAGAAGAAUUACCAAUACGAAGUGACGUUCUCGCUUUACAUGUUGACGCCCACUGAGAAAUUCGUCUUCAACUCCAUCCUCUUCCUAACCCUCUCGAUGUUCCUAAUCGCCACAAUCGUCUACCUCCCGGGCCACGUUAAAUUCCUGACGCUGCGCGCGUACUAUUACAUGUCCGGCGACGCGGCGCUGGUGACGAGUAGCAGGCAGGCGGCUGAUAAGUUGAUGGGGAGCGCGACGGGGGUGUUGGAUGCGGCGACGGGGUGGUAUCAUGCUGCGAUUAAUGGGUCUGCGACUACGGCGACGGCGGGGGCGGUGCAGGAGGCUGUUACGCAGGUUGCGGAGCGGGUGAAGGAGGUGGUUGGUGAGGUUUAG